CGGCUUAUCGACAGUCGGGACACGCGAUCUUCAUCAUUGGUACUAGAAUUAGUACUAGAUACGGAAGUGGUCGUCGAGGCCGAAGGAUGGUCGGGGGUGACCGAGGGUCGAACGGGCAAGAGGCGCGCAUCGGGCGGUGAUGCGCGAGGACCGCUAGCUAGCAUGCGGGUGUACGCGGGUGCACGCGGGGGCGCGGUAGGCAAGCAGGCCGCGGGUGUUAGACGGCACGCGCAGGCAGCAAGCGACGGGCGAGCGGGGUGCGCUGGGCGCGCGAGUAAUGGAGACGCAAGCGGAAGCCGAGGCCGAGUAGGAGAAGGCAUGUUUUUACCAUUUAAUUAUACUCGAACUAUUUACCAAAAGUUCCAGUUGUUAAGGCAAGGUAAUCGCACGGUUGAUGAGUAUACUGAAGAAUUCUAUAAGCUUCUCACUCGUAUUGAUGUUCGGGAGACGGUGGACCAGUUGGUGUCCCGAUACGUGGGGGGCUUGCGUGUUUCGAUUCAGGAUACUUUGAACCUUUUUAUCCCGGAUUCGGUUUCGGACGCUCACCAACGUGCUGUCAUGGUCGAACAACAGCAAGCACGACAGUCUCCUUUUUUUUCAUCGAACACACGCGGUGGGGCCUCGUCUUCAGCGGCAGCAGCAGGCCAUUCUUUUGGCCCUGGACAGAACCUGGGCGCAUCAACUUCGGCCCAAGGUGCAGUUCGGGCUGGGGUAACGGGCCAGGGUCCGUCGGCAACCGCGGCAGGUGGGUCUCGCUUGCAUGGCGCGGAUGAGGAGUACGACGUACCGCCGGUCUUUGAUGUCGAGCCCGAGCUCGUGGAGGAGCAUCUCACCGGCGAUGUGGGUCGGGCUCUUAUUCUCCGACGGUCGUGUUUGGCUCCACGGGACUCGAGCACUCCGGUGGAACGACACAAUUUGUUCGAAUCCACUUGUACGGUGGGGGAUCGGGUUUGCCGAUUUAUAAUUGAUUCCGGCUCCUGUGAGAAUGUGUUUGCCAAGGAUGUGGUGGAAAAGCUGGGCCUAACAUCUGAACCUCAUCCUCAGCCUUAUACUCUUGCGUGGAUUCAGAAGGGCUCGGCAGUUACGGUUGACAGGCGCGUAUUGGUUUCGUUUUCCAUUGGGCCGAGGUAUCGAGAUCAGAUUUGGUGCGACGUGGUCCCGAUGGACGCAUGUCAUUUGCUUUUGGGUCGUCCGUGGCAAUAUGAUCGUGAUGCUACUCACUGCGGUCGUCUUAAUACUUACAGUUUCGUUUUGGGGGAGAUGCAUACAGCACCACUUGUGCUCCUCUUGAUUAAACAUGACCGAACGGCACACGUAGAGGACAGGAUACCACCGGCGGCCAUUGGCCCGUUAUUGACCGAGUUUGCCGACGUCUUCCCCGACGAGCUUCCGACAGGCUUACCACCUUUGCGGGACAUUCAACACAACAUUGAGUUGACACCGGGCGCUUCUCUGCCUAAUCGGCCUCAUUAUCGCAUGCGUCCAGCUGAGCACGAGGAAUUGAGGAGGCAAGUCGAGGAACUCCUUCACCGUGGCGUGGUUCGCCGUAGUCUGAGUCCUUGUGCGGUGCCUGCGCUUCUGAUUCCGAAAAAGGAUAGUUCUUGGCGAAUGUGUGUUGAUAGUCGGGCGAUCAACAAAAUCACGGUACGUUAUCGAUUUCCAAUUCCUCGCUUAGAUGAUUUGUUAGAUCAGCUGCAUGGCGCGACGGUUUUUUCCAAAUUAGAUCUCCGGAGUGGAUAUCAUCAGAUUCGAAUCCGCCCGGGUGAUGAGUGGAAGACUGCUUUUAAAAUUCGAGAGGGAUUAUUUGAGUGGCUGGUAAUGCCGUUUGGGUUGUCCAAUGCGCCGAGUACUUUUAUGAGGGUUAUGAAUCAGACGCUUCGGGAGUUGAUUGGUAAGUGUGUCGUUGUCUACUUCGAUGAUAUACUUAUUUAUAGUCGUACGGUUGAGGAACAUUUGCGGCAUGUUCGGUCGGUUUUGCUCAUCCUCCGAGCUGAAUCCUUUUAUGCGGCCCCUCGGAAAUGCUUGUUUAUGGUGGAUUCCUUGCUUUUCUUGGGAUUUGUUAUUUCUGCCGAGGGUAUUCGGGUUGACGACUCCAAGGUGGCUGCCAUUCGAGAGUGGCCGACUCCUACCACGUUCACGGAGGCCCGUAGCUUUCACGGUUUGGCUUCCUUCUAUCGGCGCUUCAUUUCCCACUUUAGUUCGCUUACGGCUCCGAUUACUGAUUGUCUCCAUGGGAAGACUUUUAUGUGGACACCAGCUGCAGAGGAGGCCUUUCUUCUCAUCAAGACUAAGCUUACAUCCGCCCCGGUUCUGGUUUUACCGGACUUCACUCGUCCUUUUGAGUUGUCGUGUGAUGCCUCCAAAGUUGGUAUUGGUUCUGUCCUUAGUCAGGAGGCCCGUCCUGUGUCCUUCUU